AUGCGCGCCUCUUCCAUCGCCAAGGGUUACACCUUCUACUUGGGCACCGGCCCUACGAUGACCGCCAUGGUUCAGCAUGAUGGCGCCUCCGAGACUGGCUCGUACGAGCUCACCACCUUCAUUGAGGAUCCCGGUCUGGGUCACGCUACCGUCAUCGAGUCGAACCUGUUCACUGUGGUUACUUCGUCCAUGUGCUCGAUGACUACCAUCCAGGUCUGUGACCCGAUUGAGGUCACCCACACUCUCAGCGUCUCUGAGCCCACUGAGACCGCUGGCACCACCACCUCCAUCUUGGAGUCUGCUUCGAGCUCUUCUGCUCAGAAGACCAGCACCUCCUCCGAGAUCAAGGGAACUUCCAGCACUGUCAGCAUGACUGGCACUGGCACCCAGACUGUCGCCACUCCCACUGCCUCGUCUGAGGCCUCUCAGACCGAGAUCAUGGUCUUCUGCGCCAUCGCUGGUGCAAUCAUCAUGUACUUCCUCUAA